CACGUGUCUGCAGCAUUGCAGUCAAGAACAAAUCAGAGUGUGUGUGCGCGUGUGUUUAUGUGUGGACUAGUGUGUCUCUAGCAGUGCAGGCAGGGUCACAGAGGCGCCAUUGAUCAAACGUGCACAUCCACACAUCCACACACACACACACACACAGCUUCUCAAUACACAAUGAGGCCUGUCCGGUGCUAUGUCCUCUGCCGUCUCCUCCCUGCCCACUUCUCCCUGGCCCUACGCAGCCUCGUCCUGGUCCUGCUCUGCAUCACUCCCCGUUGUCAGGCAGUGCAGGCGGAGAAUGUGACAGUCUUGGAGGGAGGUACAGCCCAGAUCUCCUGCCGCCUGCAGAACUACGAUGGAUCAAUCGUGGUUAUCCAGAAUCCCCGCCGGCAGACCCUCUUCUUCAACGGCACGCGAGCCCUGAAGGACGACCGUUUCCAGAUGGUGCUCUUCACGCCACGGCUGGUGCGCAUCACGUUGACCAACGUCAGCGUGUCGGACGAGGGCGGCUACUUCUGCCAGCUCUACACUGACGCCACGCACCACCAGGUGGCAACUCUCUCCGUCUUAGUGCUCCCGGAGACGCCCACGGUGGAGGUGAAGCAGGAGGCAGUAGAGGGCGGCGAAGUGGAGCUCACCUGUAUGUCGCCGCGUAGCAAGCCAGCUGCCGCCCUGCGCUGGAUGCGUAAUGGCCGGGAGAUACCAGGUGUGGUAUCCCAGCAGGACAACGGGAAGACGUUCAGCGUGUCCAGCACCAUCCGGAUUCCGGUAGAAAGGAAAGACAACGGGGCAGCGCUGAGCUGCGAGGCGUUCCACCCAGCACUCGGCGGGCAGAAGAGGAUUCGACACUACCGCCUAGAUGUGUAUUUUGCACCAACAGUGAGAAUUGUUCCCCCCACUGGUAUUUUGCGAGAGGGCGACUCGCUCAGCCUCACCUGCUCCGUCUCUGGGAACCCUCUGCCCAGGAACAUUCAGUGGUCCAAGAUUAACGACACCUUACCUGAGAGGGCAGAAAUUUCCGGCCCCACCUUUCAGAUUUCCCGUCUCAGCCAAUCACACAAUGGGACGUACUUGUGCCAGGCCCAGAACAACUACGGACGUGCUGCCGAUCAUUACACCCUAUUGGUGUAUGAUAAUGUGUCAGUCACUCCCACGGUCCCUCCCACUCCCACCACCACCCAACCAAUCACCUCCCAUCCCACCACCCCAACACUCCUAACACCCAGCUACGCUCCGGAUGCAGAAGAUCCCGGUGCAGUUGUAGAGACUCACAGUGCAGUACCGUAUGCAGUGAUAGGUGGCGUUCUGGCACUGCUGGUUUUCACCGUCAUCUGUGUCCUCAUCGUCACCAUCUGGUGCUCUGUUCGACAGAAAGGUUCCUAUCUUACCCAUGAGGCCAGUGGGUUGGAUGAACAUGGCGAGGUGCAGGAGGCUUUCCUCAAUGGGAACGACGCCAGCCAGGGCAAGAAGGAAUACCUACUGUAGCCCCUUUCCUCCCCUAUCCCCUUCUCUUCUGACCUCAUCCCCUCCCUAUCCCUUCCUCUCCCUUUGUCCCACCUUAUAUACACUAUACACACACACACACACACACACACACACACACACACACACACUUCUACACAAAGCGCCAUAACAGGCAGCCUUCUGAAAACGACUGUAUACAGAUACUGCACACAGCCAAUCCAUCCCGCUCCAUUCCACUCCAUAUCCUCCACACACACACAAGGAGACAGACGGAGAAAAAGAGAGCCUAUAGACCCACCAGCCAUUAACGACUGUGCCAUAUACUGUAAGUCGGAAAAACUGGAGAGAGCAGGGGAGGGGGGAAGAGGUGAAUGUAGACAAUAACGGAAUGAUGCCAUAAUUAUUUUGAUUGAGAGGGAAGUGGGGAGCACAAAGAAAACAGGCACCCUGCCCGUGCAACCGCCAAAGUGGAAGGGGAAUUAGAGGCAGAUGACUGCUAUAAUUCCACGCCUGGAGAAAACCGUCUAUUUCACAAAGCUCGAUAUUUAACUGACGAAGACAGUGGGAGUAGCGCGUGAGGAAGAAGGGAGGGACGGCGUGAGGGGGGCGUUAAGGAGCGUAGGCAGAGGGGUGAGUUGACCAGGAGCUAUAUUGAGCGCUAUAAGAAAAUUGAAUUUUUUUUUAAAUUGCCAAAGCAUUUAAUUCUACAGCUCAUAUAUAAUUCCCUAACAACACUGGAGUGUUUCAGCCCAGAGUCCAGGGAAGUAUACAGACUUUAAGAUAUCUGUCCUGUUUUGCUAUCCUUGUUGGGUGGCCUGCCAAUAAUUUGUGAAAAGAAACCAUCUUUUUUUUUUCUCCUCUUGCUGCAACAGUGAGAGAAAGGUGGUUCUCUUUUCUGUUAAUUAACUCUCCAUCUCCUCCUUCCUCUCCAUUCACCUGUUACCAUCCUCUCCCCUCUCCCUUCUAUCUCUCUUUCUCGCUGUCUGUCCCCCCUCUAUCGCUCCUCCUUUGUUGGCUCCUAAUAAUGAAAGGAUUAGUGUUGGGCUGCGUUCCCGACAAAGAAGAAAGGAAUAUGACUUGCUAAGGCAUUAAAGAAAAGCUUAAUUAUUUUAGAAUGUCAUUAAGAGGAUAAAAAGGUUUAAAAGUCUUAAUAAGAAGGGCAAGGGGAGUGACUGAAUGAGAAAAUAAUAAAUGGCUUUUUUUUUCUGAAUGCUACCACACAUAUGCAGAUACAUGCACACAUCCAUACGUACAGUAAACAUGUUGACAGAACAAGUAUACAUAUCUCUGAAUUCCUUAUUUGUAUAAAAAAAGAACAGCAACAUAAAUUAAAUGAAACUUUUAAGAAAAAAAAACAGUUUACUAUUGAAACGCAUUAUGAAGCAACUAUACUAACAGAAUAUUAGCCUAUAGAGGUGCAAAGCCGAACAAAACACUGUCCAGUGAUCUUUAAAGAAAAAUAAAUAAAAGAAUAAAAAAAAUCAUUUGUCUUUAUGAGAAACCAGAGGUCUUAUUGAUUUUUUUAUUAAUUAUAAUUAUUAUUUGGAUAAUUAUGAUUGUUGUUAAUGUUAUUAUUAUUGCCGUUGUUAUUAUUAUAAUUGUAAAUGUUAAAGAAAUGUACACUUCCCAUGGUUUGUUUUUGGUUCUACUGUAGAGAAAUUGCUGUCUUUUUUCACUCUUACCUUUCCUCUCUUUCGCAGCCUUUUUCUCUCUCUUGCUCUCGCUCUCUCUUCGUCUCCUGUGCCUAGUCGUCUCUUCUCCUGUCUUUCACUCCUGUUUAUUUUAGAGUCCAUGUGUCAUUGUUGAUAUAUAGCUAACUAUUUCUUUAUAGGGGAAAGAUACAAAGCACGACAAAAUAAAAAAGAAUUCAAAAAUAA